UACAUUUCGAAUUAUUGCCUUCAGUUACAGACUGGGAUGUUCAACGGUUUCGCAGAGUGUAAAUGAAGCUUGUGAUGCUGUUUGGAGAAAAUAUGCAGCCUCUUUGCUUAUCACGAUGCUUACCUGGACUAUGAAGAAAGUGAGGGUUCCAAUGAACUCUUCAAAAUUACGGAUCUUGUUGAUGGCAUUGGCGCUGCUGACACUGUUGCUGUUUUUCCUCAGUAUCAUCUCUCCUCUCUUUUAUGAGUAUUUGAUGUACAUCACUGUAACUACAGUAGGGGCAAAAUCAUAUAUAUCUGGGUCAAACUGGUUAAGUCUCGAAGUUUUCUCCACGCCAAAGAUGUCACGCAAUGUAAAUGAGACUCUUUACCAGCAGCCCACCACCUUUAUCUCCAGAACCGCAAGAAUGAGUGCUGGCGUAAACAUAUCCACGCUUCCUUCAGUGGGCCAUAAAGAAGAAUCUUCCACUACAGACACUGUUGCCGAACAAUCAAUUAUACAUCAUAUGGAUAUACAGACUUUAGCAAAUGAAACUAGUUGGUUUUCUAAUAUGCAAUGUGAAGUUCUUUGUCCUGUUACACCACCUAAACUCUGGGGUCCUCUUAAGGUGCAGCGCACAUCACCAACCCUUCAAGAACAGGAACACAACCACCCAGAACUUGAGUUAGGAGGUCACUACACACCAGCUGAGUGCCGAGCUCGACACAAGGUUGCCAUCAUCAUCCCAUACAGAAACAGAGAGACAAACCUGGCUGUGUUCCUGAAUCAUACACAUCCAAUACUUCAGCGUCAACAGAUUGACUAUACUAUCUAUGUAGUUGAACAGGCAGCCCUUACUCUGCGUCUUCGAGGAGUGCAAUUAAGAUGCUUUAACCUCUGUACUCAAGGUUCCUAA